AUGAUUGCAGAAACUACGAGUAAAGUAGGUUGGAAAGUUGUGGUGACUCUUGAAGAAGGGAGAAUUGAGAACAAUUUGUAUGAUGCCGAAGGCAUGCAAUUCGACCGUCGUUAUAUUUCUUCGUACUUGGUCACAUGUAGUGAGAAGAUGGCUGUCGAAUAUGAACAUUACAAGCUUCUUCGGGUUGACAAAAAGAUAUUAAAUGCCAGGGAUUUAGUUAGUAUCUUAGAAGAUACUAUCAUAGGAGGAUAUCCAAUAUUAAUAAUUGUAGAAGACAUUGAGCAGGAAGCUCUUACAACCCUCGUUGUGAAUAAGCUAAGAGGAUAUUUGAAAAUUGCUGUACUGAAAGCCCCUGCAUUUGGAAAGCUCAAAAGCCAAUACCUUGAUGACAUUCCUAUUCUCACUGGAGGUUGUCUAUCAUCUAUUGAUUGUAAUUAUGUUCUAUGUGUCAAAUAUGUAAGUUAA